CAGGAUUCCAUCCGUUUUACUACAGUGUGGGGGUAUGCGUUGAUUUCAAACCAAAGUUAACUUGGUAGUUGGAUAAUUGACUAAUUCUGGUUCACGGAGUACAUUUCGUUUCACAUAGUUGUGAAAGCGAAGCUAGGAGAUUCUUUUUCUUCGGAGUCGCCAAGUCAUGUUUUGAGAAGGCGCAAGAAUGACACCAUGAACAGGCAACAAUGUUAUGUUGGGGAAGACAAGAAUGUAACGAGAUGAAGUGCCUUCUAAACGCACGCUUUGGUGGACAAAAACUUGGAACACCUUCGGAGGGAACCAACGACACGGCGCCUCUUUAAUGCGCCAUAAGCUCUCCGACACUAGCUGCGAGCGUUAAACAAAAUGAUUCAAGCUCCCAAACCCGGCUCUAUCAUCGUCGCCGAUUGGCACCGAUGCAAAGACAGCAAAGAAUACUUCAGCAAGAUACUACACAAGAAGAACCGCAAGAUUUUCGGACUAUUGGAGUCUCCGGUGAUGCCUCCACAUGUCCCCGUGGACACGGUCCACUACAAGAUCUUCCUCUCUGGCAAGAGUGGUGUUGGUAAAAGUGCCCUUGCAGCACACCUGGCAGGCCUGAAAGUACCCGGCACGCACUACGAAACUACAGGCAUUGAGACAACAGUAGUUUACUGGCCAGCAAAGCUGAAAGAAAGCGGCAGAGUGCUCUUCUUUCGGUUCCAGUUGUGGGACUGCGGCGAAAAUGCGUUGCGACGAUUUGACCAUCUGCUCCCGUCUUGUAAGGAGAAAGUGGAUGCCGUUCUCUUCCUCUUCUCCUUCACUGACAGAACCUCUUUCGAUGAUCUCGCCAAUCAAAUUGCAAAAUGGAAUGAGUCAUCUGGGAGCCCAGUUGUGACUUUGGUGGUCGGGACAAAAUUUGACCUUUUCAUGCACUGUGAUGUCUCAGAGAAGGAUGUGAGGGGCUUCCAGGAGACGUGGCAGUUACCAGUGUUCCGUAUGGGCUGCAGUGAGGACGACGACAGACUGGAUCUUACCGCGCCCCUCUUCAACAGCCUGGCAGAAAGUUUGUGGCAUCAGGACUGCAUCAUAGCUGGACAUCAAGUCUAAGCUGAGGCAUCGAGAAAAAAAAAACAUUAAAAAUGUGCAGCACUUUGGAA